AUGCCUACCGCUACCUUACAGUCUGACCUAACAGCCAUUCCCAAGUCCACCGUUGGACGGGUGAGCCUUCUGGAUGUCAGCCCUUGCGGCGAGCUCUUCCAAGCCGCCAAGGACGGUGAUACGAACAUUAUUAAACAGCUAAUUCAACAAGGGGCUAAUGUCAAUCAGCAAUGCAAGAAGCUCAAUGGCUACACCCCCCUGAUCGUGGCGGCUGUUGCAGGUAAGGUAUCGGCUGUCGAAACGCUUCUCAACCUCGGAGCCGACCCUAAUAUCCGGGACGACGACGGCUACAAAAUCAGCAGACUGGCUAUCGAUGCCGACCAGAUGGACGCCGUCAAAUGCCUGAUUAAACACGGGGUAGUCGUGACUGAUCCACGGGUCAAGGAGGGAAAAGCUUGGUUGACAGAGCAAUACGAGAUCAUGUGCAAAGGCGUCAAGGAUCCAGAGAGCAAGCCCCCUCGAGCAGUCCUCGACUACCUUAAUAACGGCUACCCCAAAGGUCCAUGGCCUAAAAAGCGAUCCAUCUUGGAUGUCUACUGGGAACAUAUUCUGCUCCAGUACAUCGGCGAUCAACCCCUGGAUAUCGAGCGGAAUGUCUCAACGGAUCUCAUCCUCCCUCAUUCGGGAACAUUUGAGCGCAUCUUGAGCGGUCAUGCGGGUUAUAAGGAGGCGGCCAGACUCUUGUAUAAAGUACUGCCUACUACCAAGUACAUCAUCAAAGGAACCUAUGUGGAUAAGAAGGAUCGAUGGGUCACUGAGCGAUGGGGAUAUUUUGACGCCGAACACAACCUCCAGGUGGAAGAUGGUAUCGACACCUUCCUGAUAAAUGAGGAGACGGAGAAGAUUGAUGUGAUGAUGAUUAAUUUCAAUGUUACGUCUAUUAACCCUUGUAUCAAUGGAUGA